GUCAGAGGGAGAGAAAGUGUGUUGUGCGAAAUUAUGACCCAUUUAUAGAAAGAGGGAGGGGGCGACUGAGUGUAAAGGAAAAAGCCUGGUUGCGUGAGCCCCUUUCCUGCUAUCGGCUCCUGAAUAAAACGUGCAAAGUUUUGGGUGGCAGCGUUUUUGAUUUUGGAGUUCAUUUUUUUACUUCUGACGUGUCCAAAGGGGGAGAGGAGCGAAGGAGAAUCAAGACGGUUUUAUGGUUGGGGAAGAACCGAAGUUUUGAAAUAUCAGCGACCACGACGUUCUGUUUUGAUUUAUUUUUGAGAAGAUAAUAUUUGAAAGUCAUGGCGCCAUCUCUGGCCCAGGCCUAUAGGAGGCGCUGGUGGAUGGCGGGUUCGGCGGUGGUGGAGAACCUGCUGUUCUCAGCCGUGCUGCUGGGCUGGGGCUCCCUGCUCAUCAUGCUGAAGCACGAGGGGUUCUACUCUCACCUGUGCACAGCAGAGAAUGGGACAGUGGGCAGUAACCACACUGUGUGGGAGAGUGGUGAUUGGCUGAGCUGCGUGGAGCAGGAGGAGAUGCUGAAUCUGGGCUUCACCAUUGGCUCCUUCCUGCUCAGCGCCGCCACCCUCCCCCUCGGCAUCCUGAUGGACAAGUACGGGCCCCGCCCACUGCGGCUGGUGGGCAGCGCAUGUUUUGCUUUCUCCUGUGCCACGAUUGCAGCAGCAGCCUAUGAUCCCAGAGUCCUUUCCGUGCUCAUCUUCAUCGCUGUUGCCUUCAAUGGAUUUGGCGGAAUCUGCCUCACCUUUACCUCUCUCACGUUACCCAACAUGUUUGGAAACAUUCGCUCCACCAUCAUGUCCAUCAUGAUCGGCUCUUAUGCCUCGUCAGCAGUGACCUUCCCUGGAGUGAAGCUCAUUUACGACGUGGGCGUGUCCUUCCGGGUCAUCAUGUGGGUGUGGGCGGGGCUGGCGUGCCUCGUCUUCCUCAACUGCUUCCUCAACUGGCCGGUGGAGGCCUUCCCCGCUCCCGAGGAAAUCACCUACACGAAGAAGAUGAAGCUGAGCGGGCUGGUUUUGGACCACAAUGUGACCGGAGACCGCUUCUACAGUCACAUGACUGUGGUGGGACAGCGCCUCAGUCAGACACCCCGUCACAUGGACACAUCCUCCGAGCUGAUUGGCCCCAACACAGCCACUAACUCACAGAGUAGCGUCCCAUUCCGCAGGUCUGUGUGCUCCCCCAUCUUCCUAUGGAGUCUCAUCACCAUGGCGAUGACGCAGAUCCGCCUCAUAUUCUUCAUGGGUGCCAUGAACAAGAUGCUGGAGUUCCUGGUAACCCAUGGUGACCCCAACCCUUCUGAAGAGUUGGUACUGGCUGCAGAAGAGCAAGUGGGGUUCUACUCCUCGAUCUUCGGCACGCUGCAGCUGCUGUGCCUGGUCACCUGCCCCUUCAUCGGAUACAUCAUGGACUGGAAAAUGAAGGAGUGUGAGGAGGAUAAGAGCCAAGGGAUGGAGGGAGAGAAGAGCUGCCCACUUCCCCCUAAGAGAGACAAAAAGGUCCAGAAGCUCACCAAUGCCAUACGAGCCUUCAUCUUCACCAACCUUCUCCUGGUCAUCUUCGGAAUCAUCUCCCUCAUAGACAACCUUCCUAUACAGGUUAUCUCCUUCAUCCUGCACACCAUGGUGAGGGGGUUCAUUCACUCCUGUUGUGGGGGUCUCUACGCUGCUGUGUACCCUUCCAACCAUUUUGGGACGCUGACCGGGCUGCAGUCCAUGAUCAGCGCCCUCUUCGCCCUUGUCCAGCAGCCCCUCUUCAUACUGAUGUUGGGACCCCUGAAGGGAGACCCCUAUUGGGUAAACCUGGGGCUGCUCAUUUUAUCAUUGGCUGGGUUCUUGUUGCCUGGAUACCUGUUCUAUCAUCGACGGAACCUCCGCCGGCAGAAGAGGGAACGUGAAGCAGAAGCUCUCAGCCAAUCAGAGCACAAUGACCCAAUACACCAUAGCAAUGGCCACCUUGCACAUGAAGCUUAGGACUAGAGGAAAAAAUAUGAAUCUGUAAAUAAUAAUAUGGAUUUUUCUCUUCAAUUAUAAUGGAACUUGAUCAGAAAUGUAUUUUGAUUACUUUAUUUAAAACCAAAAUCCAAAAUAAUUCACUUGUGUUUUAAGUUCAUAUAAUUGUUUCUUUAAACUCAUGUGUAUGCAAAAACAUACACCCACCACACACGCAAGUGCACCUCGGAGGAAGUUUUUGUUACUGUCAAUGUUUGAGUGAAUAAUUCUCAGAAUUCUCAGUCUUUUCCCGUUACAGCCAGUUGAAACCGAUUCAAACUGACUGUGGUGAAACCAAAUGUGACCGGUUCAAACUGACUGUGGUGAAACCAAAUGUGACCGGUUCAAACUGACUGUGGUGAAACCGAAUGUAACCGGUUCAAACUGACUGUGGUGAAACCGAAUGUGACCAGUUUUUAAACAGUGGUACUGCAAACUUCAGUCAUGCUCUUGCACUUCAAGUAAACUCACACGGUGAAAUAGAUUGUAUCUAAAAAAAAUAAUUGACAGUCAAAUGAAAUGCACGAACUGAAGUCAUCCUGCCACUGAGCAAAACAGAGAAAGGCGUGCCUCCUGUCCCAGAUGGAGCACUACAUGCUGUUUCACCAGCAUGGCCCGAAUGCCUUCUCACUUUUAAGCAGGUUCCCCUCACAAGCCUUUAGGAGAGCACCAGUUAAAGCAGAUCCGGUAGGAUCCAGCUAACCAACGGGCUGAUUUAAGCAUUAAACUACCUACCUAAAUGCCGCUCACCGUACUAGAACUAGAACAUAUGGGAAACCUGUCCAUUUGUCUCUCUGUCUGUUUGUCCAUGUUUUUAUUUGUCGUGCAUUGUGAUGUGGAGCGUUAGUCACAGCUUGGAUUGCAGCUGAAGCUGUCGUGUCCCCUUUAAACUGGUGCUGUCCAUGAAGGUGCUUUUUAAACUGCAUCACAGGUUUGGCCAUUGAACUAAAGAUCACGGUCAGCAACUUAUUCAUCAGUCGCUGAAUAAUAUCUCUUGCGUUAUGUCACCAAUGUAACAAACUACAUUUUUGUGUUGAAAUUAUCUUAAUAUUUUAAAGCAAUGGUAGAAUAGAAAACAUUGCAUAUUAAGCAUUUGGGGGAUGCCAGGGGCUGUGUUUGUUCUGUAGUUUGUCCAUUACUUCAUUACUCAGUGCCUUAAAAUCAAAGGCUGAGUCACUGAGACAAUACCAAUUAAAAUGGUUUGGGUGUUUGUGGUUCAUAUUGUGGACAUGUUCAUUAAUGUUAAGGGUAUGUUUAUCUUUUACAAACUACAGUUCCCAUGAUUAUCUUGGGUCCUACAAUGAUGCACUAGUGGCUCGUAAGAGCUGCACUCUUUUAGGAUGAUUGUGUAUCUGUGUGAUUUUUUUGCACUGCAGGAAGUUAUUGAAUUUAAGAACUACAAUACCCAGCGUUGUAAAACCGAAAGCAUAAAAAGUAUCAUUCUGAGAGCUGAAAAACCCUGCUGGGUAUGUAGUUUUUAAAAGUUUCAACCUGUGCUGCAUAAAUGAGUCCCAUGAAAAAUGUAUGUACUGUAAGCAUUAAGGAUUUGUGAAUUUAUGGUAGCAUUAGUCACUGUUCAUAGUGAGCUGCAGUUCCCUCAGUGGUCUUGUGAUUGGGGAGGGCGCUGUCACUCUGUUACAACAGAAAAACGUGGACUGUAAAAUUUCAGAGAUCAAUUCCAGCCAUGAGCUGCUAGCUGUACAUAGCCUUUGAUUGAAGUACUGUAAUGUGUGGUUGUGUUGUUUUGCACUGCUUGGCCUUGUGAAGAUGUGUGUCCAUCUUUUCAAUAGGGGAGAAGGAAUAAAUUAACAUCUUUGUGC